AAAAAGUAAAUAUGAACAGUGUGUUGUGAGUGAGAUGUUUCAGGAGUUGAAGUAAUUUUCGUCUGUUUACCAACUAAUAACACCUACACAAGUUACUCUGCCAUUAGCGUUCAGGGAGAAAAUGUAAAUAAAAUGCUUUUGUCGAGGACAGAGCGUGUUCUGCAUUGUCAGUGUCAAUCUCCAAAAUCAGCCUCACGAGAAACAGCCGGUUUAGUGUAAGUGAUGCUACCAUCUGUCCAUCGUGGGAUAUUGAAAGCUGCUGUCCACACACUUAGGACAAGCAGAGGAGCUCCACUUAACAGAGUCAUGUCCAUCUGUGAUGGAGUCCCUGUUGGACUGGCUGAUGCUGAGACCAUUUUUGCAUUGUCAUCAGGCCAUGGCCGGUGUGGGGUGGCUGUGGUACGGGUCAGUGGUCCGGCAUCAGCUACAGCACUGAGGAGUAUGGCCGGGCUCACACGCAGCCUGCCUCCUCCACGCACUGCUCUGUUACGCAGCAUCACAGAACCCCAGUCUAAAGAAGUGCUGGACCGUGGACUUGUGCUCUGGUUCCCAGCUCCUCACAGUUUCACGGGAGAGGACAGUGUGGAGUUCCACAUCCACGGUGGACCUGCUGUCAUUACUGCUGUCUUGCAGGCUCUAGGAAGCAUGCCUGGCAUGAGGCCUGCUGAAGCUGGGGAGUUCACGCGGAGGGCCUUUCAAGCAGAGAAGCUAGGUUUAACAGAGGUAGAAGGGCUUGGGGAUCUGAUCCAUGCAGAGACCGAGGCCCAGCGGAGGCAGGCUCUCAGGCAGAUGUCAGGAGACCUGGGUCGCCUUUAUCAGGACUGGAGCCACAAACUGAAACGGUGUCUGGCUCAUGUCGAGGCCUUCAUCGACUUUAGUGAGGAUGAACUCAUUGAGGACGGGGUCUUAACCCAAGUGGACAAGUCGGUGUGUGAUUUACAAGCAGACAUAGAACGACACCUAAAGGAUGAGAGGCGGGGCGAGCGGCUACGCAGCGGAGUCCAGGUGGUCAUUGCAGGAGCUACCAAUGCAGGGAAAAGCAGCCUCCUCAACACAAUCUGCCAGCGGCCAGCUGCUAUUGUGUCUCCCAUUGCUGGGACCACCAGGGAUGUAGUGGAGACAGCCCUGGACAUCGGUGGCUUCCCUGUCCUCUUAACUGACACAGCCGGCCUCAGAGACAGCCCAGACCUGGUGGAGAGAGAGGGGGUCCGCCGUGCACGGGAAAGGGUGGAGCAGGCAGAUCUGACUCUGGUGGUUGUGGACUGUGCCCAUCUGCCCUCGGAUGCACAAGAAGCUGCAGCCUUCCUUCUGGCACACCUGAAGAGUAUUCUGCCUGAGACGGCAUUUCCUCCAACGAGGUGUCUCCUGGUGCUGAAUAAAACCGACCUGCUCCAUGGAGAUCAGAGACAGAAGCUGGACUGGGAGCUGAGACGGGUCUGUGGACUUCCUCCGGUCUGUCUGAUCUCAUGUCACACUAACGAAGGACUGCAGGACUUUGUCACAGUGCUACACAACAGUGUCAAGACUCUGUGUGGCGACCCUCUUUCUGGCGCCCCCACCCUGACCCAGGCCCGUCACAGGGCCCACCUGCAGCAGUGCGUGACAGCCCUGGCUCAGUACCAGCAGUAUCGUGACACUGACCUCGCUCUGGCAGCUGAGGGUGUCCGGCUAGCUCUCACCAGCCUGGGCCGAAUCACUGGACGGGUCGGGCCAGAGGAGAUCCUGGAUAUAAUCUUCAAAGACUUCUGCAUUGGAAAAUAGCCAGAUGAGUAGGCAUUUGUGGAUUUGACAAGGACCAUUUUUGAACAAGUGCGCUGCGGGGACAUCAAGAUCCAGGAUGGCUGGGAGGGGGUUAAGAGUGGAUUUGUUUUGUCUUUUGGAUGCUUAUUUAUGGCUCUCACCAAACUUUGGGCACUUUGUCAACAUUCCUAACAGCGUAGACGCACAAGAAACAUCCUAAACCCUCACUGCUCUGUGUGCCUGUCUGUGGGACUGCAAUGUAAACGGUUCUAAUACAGUAUCUGUUUUAUUUGUUGUUGCUGCGCAUCUCUAAAAGAUCAACUGUGCCAAGACUAAGUUAUGCUUCUUUCUUUUCAAGCAUAACACUCACACAUUCAAAUUAUUACCAAAUAGAUACCAUUAUGCAAAAAAGUAUUAUGUUGGUAGGAAAAUAAUACAGAUAGAAUGCAGUGAAUUGCAGAAGAACUCUCAUGUUACCAGUAGGAAUUCUGACUAUUGACAUAUCCACCGAUCAGGCAUAACAUUAUGACCACUGACAGGUAGUGAUGGGUAAUCAAUGACGGGAUUCAAUGACACAGUGCUUGAGUAGGACAUCUUGUGGUCAAUAAAAUGAAGUGUAAUUGAGAUGUGUCAUUUAUUGGUUCAUGGAUUGUUUGGGAUUCGAUUCGCCAUGCACACUCCUGUUUGACUACAAUACAUGAUUGUAUGGUUUCAAGCUGACAAUAAUAUAUAGAAUAAACAUGGACUCAUGUUGAAGACCAUGUUUCUUAUUUGGCAUGUUUGAUUGUAGUAG